AUGAACUCGAAUCGAGCUAAAAAGAGUCUUGAUGAGCUGCGACAGACGUUGUCAGCUCCUCCACAAGCAUCCUCCGCGAUCGCUUCGUCGGAUUGCAAACAGAAGCUAGCAUCGCUUGUUCAGCCUCGUGUUCUUAAUUAUCGAGAUGGUCAGCCACAAUUUUCCGAAGUCAGAGCGGAGAGAUCAUCUUUAUCAGCAGCACAUACCCUGCGUCAAAUGCUGGACAAAACUCAAGAACUCCAGGCUACACAGCAACCACGAGAUGCUCCCAGUGCAGAAGAGGUUGCGUCUCUUUUGCAGCACCAUGUUGCUUUACAUCAGCAGGUAGACGCAGAGAACAGAUAUGCCAAGGAGGAACUUGCUGUGCUGAGAAUGAAGCUGUCAGAACUUGUGGACGAAAACAUGCGGUUGCACUCAGAACUCAAGAGAGCUGUGGUUCAUGAAAUUCUGCAAAGUGGAGGAGACUUUUCAAAGGUUGUUGGUUCAUUUGAUGAAGGAUUUGCAGAGUCAUUAAGUAAAGGGAUGAAUCGACAUGAUUCUAAGCGUUGGCAAGUAGAGUUGGAGCGUCUUAGUCGUUUACAUUCUGCAAAAGUGGAAAGAUCGGAAGCUCAACUUGAAUAUUCAAAGUCAGAAGUAAAUCGACUAGAACAAGUUGUUGAGGACUUGAAGUCUCAGCUACGAAUGCAAGACACAAUCCCCACUCAUGAUUUGGGUCUAGGAGACACACCUCUUUAUGCUUCGGCCCAACCCACCUUGCAGACUGCCAUCGACAGAAUCAGCAAGGAAAGAGACGAGCUGCUUGAGCGAGUUAGUGCACUGUCUUCUAUAAACCAGACACUGUCACAUCGAGAGGAGGAGCUGUACCAACAAGUGAAGAAGAGCAUUGCCCUUGUGGAACAGGCUCAGCUGGAACAGACAGAGGCAUUAGUGCAAAAAGAACAGUUGGCUGAAGAGCUGGAACACCUGCGUGAACGGUUUGAGCAGCAUGUGAGAGCUUCUCAGAUGAAGAUUCAACAAGAGCGGGAAGCAGCACGGCAAGAGAACCAGUUUGUUAUCACUGAUCUUAAUAAGAAGCUUAGCGAGCAAGCAGCUCAUGUUGGAGUCCUCACAGAAAAACUUGAGAAAGAAGGACGUGAGAAGGCUGAGCUCUCUGCACAGUUGCUUGAGGUGAAGGGUCAGCUCCGGGCUUGCGACAGAGAAGUCACGAUGGCAGCUGAGAACUACAGAGCACACUCCACAAGCGCAAUACUGCAGAGAAGCUCAGCAACACAGGAGGCGGAGAGACUUCGUGCAGAGUACGAACAGCUGCAGCGAGAAAGAGACAAGGAGAGGGCACUAAUGCACACUGAGAUGGCAGAACUCAGGAGAAGGGUGAAUAAGGCAGAAAAAGAUUUGCUUGGUGCUAAAGAGGAAUGCCUCCUUCUAACCAGCAACAUACAAGCCCUGGAGAGAGAACUGCACCUGGCCAAGCUCACCAGAGAAGGAAUAGAGCGAGGACGAGCUGAGGACCUGAAACUUCUCACGCAGCAGUUCAAAGACCGUGAAGAGAAGCUAAAAAUGGCAUUGGAUGAUUCUGAUGAUAAACAUGCGCAACAGGUACACGAAAUGGAUUCCAUGCUUCGUAGACAAAACAAGUUGAUUCUUAAACUCAGAGAUGCAUGCCAACAGCAGACUAUACAGCUGACAAAACUGACAAAAAAAUACAGGGCUCAUUGUGGCCGGCUUAAAAUAGAACUAGAAACCACAAGUCAGCGUCUGCAAAGCACAGUUUCUAGGCUGAACAUUCUAGAGGAGCAAGCAGACCAGCACAGUCGGGUGCACAACAAAAUGGCUGCCCGCCUCAAGGCAAUGGAUGAGCAUGCUAAAAAUCAAGCUACCCAGCUUCUUGAGAUUCUGGCGGCAAACAGUCGACUGACAAGGGAUCGUCAGCUUCUGGCCAAAGAAGUAGAGUUCCUGCGUUUCCAGCUUAGUCGGAUCAAUACAGAAGAAAUUAUUCGUUUAAAUUCAUCAUCGAAACCACUUGUGGAUGACAUUUUAAAUGCAAUAACCAAAGAAGAAAGAGAAAAUUUACCUGCAACUACUUUCAAGAUCACAGAUUUUCUCAUGACUGCAGCAGAUUUUGAAGAUAUUGCAGAGGAAAAGGAGAAAGUGAAUUAAGUAAACUUCUUUGUGAUUAACUAAAAUUGCAUAAUCUAGAUAUGAUUCACGUGUACAGAACUAAUUUUCAGUAAUAAAUUAAGCUUCUGCUAUUUUACUGCAUGUGUUUCUUAAUUUCUCAGUAAACAUGUUUGAGAUGUAAUGAGCAUGGGAUUACUAUCCGAGGAAAAUUCCCCUGUUUUAUGUGGAUUCCACUAUUGGAUUCUAUAAACAGUAAACAUAGAGACAAAUAUCAGACAGGUGUCCUGAAAAAGAUUGAGGUUAAGCUCCCCAACAUUCAGAUUGUUCAGUCCUAAUGAAUGUUGACAGCUGAUAUAUUUUUGUGUACUAUAAUACUCUAAGUACGAUUUCUUUGACUUACAAAAAGUGUGAGUGAUAUGGCCUUUUUGUCUUUCAGUCUGUGGUAACGUGUGUGCAUGCAUGCUCAUUUGGCCAUUCAACAGCAUAAGUCAUCAGAAGCUGUACAGAAGAAUAACAGAUUUAAAACUACUACACCAUCAUUAAUUUACUAGUAAUUAACAUGGUACUUAAGGGAAGCGCAUAUUGGUAAAAAUAUUUUAGGCUGAGAUGAACAGUGCUCUCAAAGCAACAUGAGCAAUGUGCUAGCAUAUGUCACUUUAUACAUCCUGACAGUUCAAGUUCAAGAGAUGAAUCUCAUCACUUUUGUUUUCUGUAACCUUUAAAAGCUAAUUUGUGAUGGCUUUGACCUUUUAACAAAAAUCAUCAUUAUGGAAAUGUAAGCAUGCUGUACAAAUGUAAAGAUCUAAGUAUGAGCUGUCUCCCUUUACCUUAUUAUUUCAUUAUUAUACACAGACACCUCACCCAGAA